UUAUUAAAUAUAUGAAAUUUAAUUGUAAAACCCAAUUAAAACCCUAAAAAAUCUCACUCUCCCCUCCAACUCAGUGGCCGAGUCAGCCAUGGACGAUUCCAGACCCUCUCCUUCCUCUCCCUCUCCUCCUCCAUCCCCCUUUAGAGUUGCCGACUCUGACCUCGACGCCCCCCUCUCCACGGCUGAGUUCCUGACCCGUCAAGAAGUCCUAAAGCGCCGAUCCCGAAGAGCGAAGCAACUCGCCACGUGCUACAAGGCCCACUAUUGGGCGUUAAUGGAGGAACUGAAAGACAAGCAUAAGGAAUACUACUGGAUGUACGGGAAGAGCCCGUACAAAGAGGAGGACGAGGAAGAGAAUGAGGUGGGUAAUGAUGGGAACUGUAGGAAGAGGGAAGUAGCCGGGGGAAAUGAGGAGGAGGUGCUGAAGACGAUAGAGAUAAGGAGGUGUGAGGUGACUGGGUGUAAGGCGAAGGCGAUGGCGUUGACGAAGUACUGCCACGCGCAUAUACUCUCAGACUCAAAGCAGAAGCUCUACAGGGGUUGCAGCUAUUGCAUCAAGAGUACGCAGACAGGGCCCAUUCUCUGUUGUAAGCCUGUACUAAGAUCCACGGUUCCUCUACUCUGCUCCACUCAUAUGCAAGUUGCUGAAAAACAUCUCAUCCGUGGCCUGAAAAGAGCAGGUCUUAAUAUCUAUUCAACUAAAAAGCUUGCACCAAAGUUCCACAUCCUGGUCACAGAAUUUGUUCGGCAAAUUCAAACCAAAAGACGAGCUGCACUGAAGGCAACUGUAGCCAAGGUUCAAAUUGAUGAAGAAAUGAGGUAGCUCCAUAUAGUUGCACAGUUCUCUGUUUGUAUAGGUUUUAUGCCUUUAGCUGUCCAGAAAGAUGCCAAUAAUUUGGGGUGAUUACCAUCUCUGAUUGGUGGAGCAAGAGCAUGAAUUGGCCGGGACAUUGGACUUUCUUUGUCCCGAAAGGCAACGCGUGUGCAUACUUAGGGUACUUCUACGAUCUUGGUUUUAUGUUUUCUUAUAAUGAUGGAAUGCAAUUUCCUGACAGUUCAUUAGCAAACUACUGCACAUGUAAUUCUUUAAGCUAGACUGGUAAUGCAUGUGCUCAACACAAUGUAUAAUGUUGAGAAAUAUAGAGAAGAUGCAUGGUUUCUUGUA